UCUCCAGUCUUUCCUCUGCUCGCUUCUAUGCACUUGGGGCCUGCGGAAGUCUCAGGACAACGCCGAGUCGACCCACCAGAGGGCGGCCUCCGCAAUGGCCGCGGCGGAGGCCUCUUUCCCUCCUCCCCUUGGUGCAGCCGGCUUGCACGGCGGCGCUGGCGGCGCUAGGUGGUGCUGCCCGCCCUGCUCCUCACGGUGCAGCAUGGCGGCGGCGGGCGCCUCGCAGCCCCAGGCCGGGGCCACUGCCGCUGCCUCUCCAGUGGCGGCCGAAGAGUCGUCGGACAGCGAGCCGGAGCAAGAGCCCGGCUCCCCGCAAAAACUCAUCCGUAAGGUCUCCACGUCCGGCCAGAUCCGGCAGAAGACUAUUAUAAAAGAGGGCAUGUUGAUGAAACAGACCAGCUCAUUCCAGCGCUGGAAGAGACGAUACUUCAAGUUGCGUGGACGAACUCUGUACUAUGCCAAAACUGCAAAGUCAAUUAUUUUUGAUGAGGUAGACCUGACAGAUGCCAGCGUGGCAGAAUCCAGCACUAAAAAUGUCAACAACAGCUUUACGGUUAUAACUCCAUGUCGGAAACUCAUCUUGUGUGCAGAUAAUAGGAAAGAAAUGGAAGAUUGGAUUGCAGCACUGAAGACUGUACAGAAUCGUGAACAUUUUGAGUCUACGCAGUACAGUAUGGACCAUUUCUCAGGGAUGCAUAACUGGUACGCCUGUUCACAUGCUCGACCAACAUACUGCAAUGUGUGUCGGGAGGCACUGUCUGGGGUCACAUCCCAUGGACUCUCCUGCGAAGUCUGCAAAUUUAAGGCCCACAAGAGAUGUGCUGUCCGGGCAACUAAUAACUGCAAAUGGACAACGCUAGCAUCUAUUGGGAAAGAUAUUAUUGAGGAUGAAGAUGGGAUUUCAAUGCCACACCAGUGGCUUGAAGGAAACCUACCUGUAAGUGCCAAAUGCACAGUAUGUGAUAAAACAUGUGGCAGUGUCCUGCGCUUGCAAGACUGGCGCUGCCUCUGGUGCAAAGCCAUGGUACAUACCUCAUGUAGAGACUUGUUACCAACCAAAUGCCCCCUUGGUCUUUGCAAAGUUUCUGUCAUCCCUCCUACAGCCCUCAACAGCAUUGAUUCAGAUGGAUUCUGGAAAGCCAGUUGUCCCCCUUCUUGCACAAGCCCUUUGCUGGUCUUUGUCAACUCAAAAAGUGGAGACAACCAGGGUGUAAAGUUCCUACGAAGAUUCAAACAACUGCUGAAUCCUGCACAGGUCUUUGAUCUCAUGAAUGGAGGACCUCACCUCGGUUUACGUUUAUUCCAGAAAUUUGACACCUUCCGAAUUCUGGUGUGUGGUGGGGAUGGAAGUGUUGGAUGGGUUCUGUCUGAAAUUGACAGCCUGAGUCUCCAUAAACAGUGCCAGUUGGGAGUGUUGCCCCUGGGCACAGGCAAUGACCUUGCCCGUGUGCUAGGCUGGGGAUCUGCUUGUGAUGAUGACACUCAACUCCCUCAGAUACUGGAAAAGCUGGAAAGGGCCAGUACCAAAAUGCUUGACAGGUGGAGCAUUAUGGUGUACGAAACAAAACUCCCUCAUCAAGCAUCUGCUUCUACAGUCACUGAAGAUUUCAGUGAAGAUUCUGAGGUGCAGCAGAUUCUCUUCUAUGAAGAUUCCGUGGCUGCUCAUUUAUCCAAAAUCUUAACAUCUGACCAACACUCAGUGGUCAUCUCAUCAGCCAAGGUGCUCUGUGAGACUGUGAAGGAUUUUGUGGCUCGGGUAGGGAAAGCCUAUGAGAAAGCACCAGAAAGUUCUGAGGAGUCAGACGUCAUGGCCAGAAAGUGCUCUGUUUUGAAAGAGAAGCUGGACUCUCUUCUGAAGACGUUGAAUGAAGAAUCUCAAGCUUUGUCUUCUUUGCCAAACCCACCUCCUACCAUUGCAGAGGAGACAGAAGAUGGUGAUGGUUCUGGGAGUGCUUGUGAUUCUUCUAAUGAACGUUCAGUAGGGUCAUCAUGCACUGCCCGGCCUCAGAUAUUUCGUCCACGUGAGCAGUUAAUGUUGAGAGCCAACAGUCUGAAAAAAGCCAUUCGUCAGAUUAUAGAGCAUGCAGAGAAAGCUGUAGAUGAACAGAACGCUCAAACCCAAGAACAGGAAAGUUUUCUCCUGGGUCUCUCUGAAGAGGGAAAGGACUUAAGGAAUGAGAAUAAAAUCUUACAGUCUUCACACAUUGGCAACUAUGGAUUUCCAAAAGGGAGAAGCCAUCGGAAAGUGAUCAAGUCUCCUUGUGAAAGAUUAAUAAAUAAAGGAACUUUAUCAGUGGGAAGCUCUGCCUCUCUUCCUCCCCAGUCAGGAAAUCGGGAUAAUCUGCCAAUGCUGAAUGCAAAGAUAAUCUGUCCUAAUAUCCGUGCUGUGACAUCUGGUUCUCUACCUGGAGGUUCUGUCAUCAGCAGGUUGUUGAUCAAUGCAGACCCAUUUAACUCUGAGCCAGAAAAUCUUGAUUGUUAUGUCGAGAAAUGUGUGAUGAAUAACUAUUUUGGAAUUGGGCUGGAUGCGAAGAUCUCUUUGGACUUCAAUAACAAGCGUGAUGAGCAUCCAGAAAAGUGCAGAAGUCGUACGAAGAACAUGAUGUGGUACGGAGUUCUUGGGACAAAGGAGCUGCUACACAGAACUUACAAAAACUUAGAACAAAAAGUUUUGCUAGAGUGUGAUGGGCGUCCAAUUCCUUUGCCCAGUCUUCAGGGAAUUGCUGUACUCAACAUUCCCAGCUAUGCAGGAGGCACAAACUUCUGGGGGGGCACUAAGGAAGAUGAUACAUUUACAGCUCCUUCUUUUGAUGACAAGAUCCUGGAAGUGGUAGCGGUGUUCGGUAGUAUGCAAAUGGCUGUCUCACGUGUGAUUAAUCUACAGCAUCACCGGAUUGCCCAGUGCCGAACAGUGAAGAUAGCAAUCCUAGGAGAUGAGGGAGUUCCUGUGCAAGUUGAUGGAGAGGCCUGGAUCCAACCCCCAGGAUAUAUUUGGAUUGUUCAUAAAAACAGGGCACAGACGCUAACCAGAGACAGGGCAUUUGAGAACACCCUGAAGUCCUGGGAGGACAAGCAAAAGUGUGAGCUGCCUCGCCCUCCCUCUUUCUCCCUGCACCCGGAGAUUAUAUCUGAAGAAGAGUCCACCCAAAUCAAUCAGUUUUGCCAAGCAGCAGGAGCUUUGAUUCACAGCAUUCGGGAAAUAGCCCAGUCAUACCAGGACAUGGAACAAGAACUUGCUCAUGCAGUCAAUGCUAGCUCCAAGUCUAUGGACAAAGUCUAUGCCAAAUCCAAGUCGACAGAGGGCCUGAACUGCAGUUUGGUUGUAGAGAUGGUGAAUAAUAUUAAAGCCCUGCAUAAUGAAACAGAACUGCUCCUGGCUGGGAAAAUGGCACUGCAGUUGGAUCCCCCACAGAAGGAGCAGCUCCUAUCAGCUCUGACAGAAAUGGACUUUCAUAUGAGAAAGCUAGCAGAUAUUCCUUGGCUAUGGCAGCUCAUGGAACCCAGUGAUGAAGAGAACCAAAUGCUGGAUUAUUCUAAACGCAGUCGGAGUGGCAAAUUUCGUCUGGUGACAAAGUUUAAAAAGGAGAAAAACAACAAAAAUAAAGAAACUCGUAGCAGCUUGGGACUGCCGGUUCACCUCUGGGGAACAGAGGAAGUUGCAGCCUGGCUUGAGCAUCUCAGUCUUUGUGAGUAUAAGGAUAUCUUCAUCCGACAUGACGUCCGGGGCUCUGAGCUCCUGCAUCUUGAACGGAGAGACCUCAAGGACCUAGGAGUGACCAAAGUAGGCCACAUGAAGAGGAUAUUACAUGGGAUCAAGGAACUGAGCAGGAAUAUUCCUGUCAGCGAGGCUUAACUUCUGUUUUCAGAGCCUGUAUCUACCAUUCCCCCUGAUGUCUGCACAAGUGAUACCUCACAGAGCAGACUUGAUCAGAAUUGUCUCUAUGGAUCAGCCAAACACUAUCAGUGUUCAGAGCUCAUAUCCAGCUUUUCAUGGUGCUACCAUUCUGAUGUGGGAUACAGUGCUAUCCACUCAAAUGGCACCUUGUAUUCAAAGUCAGUGUUACUUUGUAUUUACCAACCACCUCUUCCCCGCCUUUACUCAGGCCUGGGCACACUCGCUACAUGCUAGAUUUCAUUCAGCCAGCCCCAGUAAACUAGCAUGUGGACCAAAAACUUUCUAUGGACAGUUAGUCAUAGAAGCCAGUGUUCUCUUACCCUAUGAUCUGAGGAUUGUGCCAAAUAUUAAGAGCAUUGAAGGCACUCAUGCAUGCAAGAUGAUAAAAAUUAGUUUGUGAGAAGAAGAAGAAGAAAUUGGAUUGUAAGCUACCUACUUGGGACAACCAAAAGAAAGAAUUUCACUGAAUAUAAUAUCAAACCCUUACUGCACAGUUUUUGUAAUAAGUAUCAAGUGGAUUCAAAUAAGAUUUGUAUUCAGUCUUUAUCCUUUCUGUGGUGCCAGAUAGAUGAAUUGACCACUGUGCAGAGUCUUUUUUCCUCUCCAAGGAUACAAGUCAUCCUUAUAACUAAAAUUGAAUCAUUUUCCUUUGUUCCUGCUCUGUAAUGUUCAUGGAUGGCAAAAGAAUGGGAUUGUAUGUUGUUCUGGCUUAAAACAUCAAGUGCCUAAAAAUAUUGAAAGAUCUCAGAAAUGGAAGAAAAUAGUUAUUCCUUCUGACAUUGCUUGCCUCGGAUUCUAAGUUUUUAAAAAAUGUAAUAGGAUCCACACUUCUGGAUAUAGUGAAGGAAGCAUCUGUGCAUAGAUUUAGGCAGGGUAAAAUAUUUCAUUACUGUUUUCUGGACUUAUCCAGUGCAUCAUUGCUUAAAAUACAUGGAGUGGGUUGUAUUCAACAUAGUGCUAAGUUGAAUUUUCAAUCAGUGAAAGGAUUUUUCUUUGGUCACUAGAAUGUUCUUCCCCUCUCCUCCCCCAUCCCCCAAAAAUCUGUUUGGGGUUCUCCCAACCCUCUGGAGAAGAUUUGGGGAUGGUGCAGGGUGUGGGGAGAAGAGGGGAGAAAUCACUUUGCGCUAGUUGAAGUUGUUCUGCUAGCACAAGGAUUUAGUUGAUCAUUGCCCAAUAUUUUCUCUGUUUUAGGAGAACCACUGCCAAAUUCUUUACUAAUGUAACUUCUCUGAAUUUUACAGAUCCCCCCCUUAAGUGGUUAUUUCAGCAUUCCACCCAGUCUUGUUUCUUUCUGACUAUUUCUUUUACAUACAGGAGAACAUUAGCCAAAUAGUCACAUUUGCAAUAUGAUUUCCAGCGGAGAUCUUAAACCUGAGUCCUACAUCUCUGGCUUUGUUCCAUUGGCCCUGUUUGCAGAAAUACUUUGCCUUACUGGUGUAGAUUACUCUCACUGUAUUGAAUUCCCUGUGCAUGCUGGAAGAUUGUGAAUUGCAAGGCACAUAAGUAUUCAAUCACCAGGAAGCUCAUUCUCAUGGUGCUUUCAUUUGCUAUGAUGCCAGACUUUUAAUCAGCCACCAUCGAACAGAAGAUAAUAAAUAUUAGCAUACACUUUUAUUAUUGGUGAUAACCACAUGGCAGCCUCUUCCAUUUCUUGGUGAACAUCUCAGGGAGCAAAAUCAUCACAUGAUAACUUUGGAGAAAGUGCAGCAAAACAAAUGGGUAUUUUCUAUUCCUUUUGCUAUGGAAGAACCAUAGUGCUUGCUUUUGUGCUUCUCCUAGAAAUCUCAUGUGGAAUCAAGGAUGCUUUCAUUAUUUGCUCCUGAGUGGAUUGGUCUUGCCCUAAGAGGAGCAGCUUGUCUACACGCCCUUGACUCACCCUGGUAGGAUGCAGUCUGUAUUGAAGCCAAGUGUCAUUACUCUUUGAUAAGAUCUAUAUUUGUAAGGAGUUCUGGAUUGCAUCAAUGCAGUGCUCUCUAGGAAUUAACUUUCUGCACUUUUAUCACCUCUUUGACACAUCCCAAUGUAUUUCUUUAUUUUGGGUCAGAGGGUCAAAAAGCCCCAAGACUUGUUCUAAAUGUAUUAACUGUGACUGGAAACAAGAUGGUCUCUUUGUGCAAAACAGGAUUCCUGUAUUCCAGACAUUUUACAAAAAAUAUUAGUGGAUCGAGCUGGCAAAAUGAGUAUUUAAUUACCACAAGCUGUGCCUCUGCUAUCUAGUAAGCCUGUAUUUAUUGGAAAAUGUUUUUGCCAGCUAAGUAAAUAUUAUGAAAAGUCUAUGGGGGAAAGACACACUGUUAAGAAUGCCAUGACAAGCUAGAUAUUUCACCAUGGAUACUUUGGAGCUUGAACUAUAUAGUUUAUAUUUUCAUAAAAGAUGACACUUAAUGCAUAAGGUGAUCCUACUAUCUGGUCAUCAGACAUUUUACAUAUUUGAAAUAUCUUGAGUUGGAAGCAAGACUGUUCUGCUUGAGAGGAAAUGUUUUGAGGAAUUAUAUGUUUUGAGGAAAAACAUAUAAUUUUGUGCCCAUUUUGCUUGGCACUACACUGAAAUAUUACCUGCUAGUGUUUUGUAUUGGGUCCAUUAGAUUUCAGUGGAGGUAUGUUGAAUAUAAGUAAAAGACUUUAGCCAAGAAAGUGCCAAUCCUGAACUCUUUUGGAAAGAAGGGAUUGUAUCUUUAUAACAUGGUUCAGUAUGUUAUUUAAAGUUGACAUUACUUUUUAGUGCCCAAAAUAUCCACCUUCGGUUCAGUGCAGCUAUUAGACACUAGACAUAUGUCAAGUACAAUCCUAUGCAUAUUUACUCCAGAAAUAAGUCCUACUCAGUUGGAUGGUUCACCCUAAGUAAAUGUGCACAGGAGGACUGUAGCCAACAUUAUUUAUUCUGUUUAAUUCUACUGGGAUAUAUGCACAUGUUCACUCUCUGGACAUUCAAAAAAAACCAAUUCCACUAGAUUUUGCAUCUCUGAGAGGACCUGUAAAGAGGCAUUUAGUGCCAGUAUCUCUUGAAAAGCUCUGACCACCUAUAUCAUAUUAAAAUCGUUUUUGAGUAUUAUUUAAAGGUGAAUAUAGUAUGUGUGGUAAAUUAAAGACUGUUUACACAAAACUCGUAUCUUAACAGAUAUUUGUGAUGUAAAAAAAAGAAAAAAUGUUUUUAUAAGUCAUUUGAUGUCUGUAUUGUUGUCCACUGAUGACUGUUCCUCAGGGGUGUUGUAACCAUUCCGGUGAUCUGUUAAAAGCCUUGGGAAGCAUUUCAAUCCUGUACAGUCCUGGGAAGAAGGUUUUGUGCCUUAAGAAUAGAACGUGCUAUUUAUUAUUUUAAUUUAUACAGUGAUUACCAUGGAGACACCUCUUGUAUGUACAUAUUUUGCAGCUGAUUGUUGUAAAUAUAUUGUUGUAUAUAAAGAAAAUCUGUUUCCGAGCUUCCUAUUAAUAA